CAGGCUGUCCAGAUGUUGGACAGAAGAUUGAGAGAUAUCAAUUUUUGAAAACCGACACCAUGCAAACGUCUCCAGUGUAUGCAAUAGAUUGCAAAUGUUGGAACAGAUUGUGUUUCCAUGAAAGUUCUACAUGUAAAUGCCCUCUUUGCCAUAGGGAAUUAGCCCCCACUGAAGAUGACAUUUUUGAGAGAAAAAGCAGCAGCCAUGUCUCCCCUGAUGUCAAAGAAGUGAUCAAAGCAUUGGACUGUGUCAGAGGUCUCACACCGUUGGCUCACCAAGUGUGUAAUUUGCUAUUCCAAGCAUGUUGCCUGUAUUCACCCCCAAUGCCAGAUUGUUCACAAGAAGAUCUUUGCAGGCUAAGUGAAAAACAUUUACUUGGUUUCAAAAAAUGCUGGAAUCAGUUGAAAAUAUUGAUUGAAGCAGAAGAUGGAGACCUUGCUACUUUCCUACAUGUUUUGUUACUUGAAGAGAACAGUGUUCUUAUCAAAGGUGAAUUGGAUACUUUUGAGAGUCGUAAGCAAUGGGAAGAUGCUUUUACUAAGAAAUGUACUGUUUUAUUCAAAGACUGGAGGGAGAAGUGCCGUACUUUCAAAAUCCAGUGCUUUGAGAAAAUGGGAAUACCACAGGAUUGCAUGGCAGCACAACUGGAAGAAACCAGCAACCAACUGAAUGUUGACUUGUACCUGCCAAGGCUGUUCAAACUCACCAGUCCAACUACAUUUCAACUGUUUGGGGCUAAAUUUGCAAAUCAACAACUAAGUGAAUCAUAUCCUUUGUUAGCCUUGUUUCUUCAACAUUACAGCAGUCUUACACUUUUAAGCCAUUUGACAAAUAUACUGAAUUGGCACAAUAUAUUUACUAAAUUACAAAGCCAGCAGUUUGAGCGAAAAUAUGCAAAAGAGAACAGGAUUUAUGAUAUCUUACAUUCUGGGGACAAGACAACAAAGGUGCAAGAAAAAACCUUGGAAUAUUUUAAGGCAUUUGUAGAAUCAUGGAAUAAACUACGACAGCAUGCAGAACUUCUAAAGCAACUUGGUCUGGAAACAAGUUUGAUACGUAUGCAUGAUCAGGUCCAUAUUGCUGAGGUUAUUAUCAAUGAUCAAGAUUCUCCAAUCUAUCAAGUCAUUUGCAUAUUAAAGCAACUGCAGAACAAUUUUCUUGCUGAGGUGCAGAUGUUCAGUGUAACCACACAUUGCCCAGCAGUGCGAUUCCUGAACCAUGACCCAGGAUUAUCCAUUAUCAAAAAGGUUCCACUUCAAGAUGCAACUCUACAGGAUGUUAUAUAUAUAGAAAUGACUGAUAAGUGGAAGAAGGAAUUACUGAAGCAUGCACAGUGUGACACACGCUAUGGAUUGGGGAAAAUGGUUCACUUCGACUAUGACAAAAUUGAGAUGGAAUUGGGCAAUGAACUAGUUCUUGGAAAAAGCUUCCUUGUACUCGAUUCAACAUUCCCAUUGUUUCAGUAUUCUGGAGAAAUGUUUUUUGCUUCAGAGAGCAUUCUUCAUGAUCUUGGAAAAAUUAUUCCCCAGAUAGAAAUAUCAUCGGACAUUAGCAAUGGUGUCAAACAAAAACAGGAAAAAAGUCAUAAGAACACAAGAGAAUUACUCACCAAUUUGGAAGUGGUUAUCUGUUUAUUAAAACGGACUGGUGGAUCUCCAGAACAAACUCUAGUAGCAUAUACAGAUGAAUGGUUGUCAAUGCUUCCUACACCCUUUCCCAAGGAUCCUCUACCUUCUCCACCAGACAUUGUCAAGUUGUGCCACAUAGUGUCACUCUACGAGAUGGUAGAAGACAUGCUGAGCACAACUGCUCUUGAAGCUCUUUCAGAUGAAUUUAGAACAAAACUGUCACCUGACCAGAUUGAAGAGUUGAACCCUUUGUUACAAACCACAGACCUGAAAUUGGAGGACUUCACAAGAGCAGUUCGCAGGUUCAUUUUCAGGUACACUUCAAGUGCAGAGCAGUCCUCUUGUGCCGACCCUAGCAAACCAUUGGUGAGUUACCUAAGCAGUACCUCAUUGUGGCCAGAGGGCACAUUUGAAGAGAAACCAAAGGACUUGAAGUUUUAUAUCCCAGAAUGUUUGCAGGUCCAACAUGUGUAUGAAAUACUAGUUAAUGUAGAGGAAAAAAUGAAGCAAAUGAAAGAUGAGGAAGCCAAAGGCCAACCAGUAGACAAGCCAAAAUCUAAACAGAAAAGAAAAACAUAUUCCAGAACAUAGAUAUUGGGGAAAUACCACACCUGAAAACUUGGAGAAAUGCAUGUAUGGAUAUCUUUGGUGAGCAUCCUUUCCAAAGCAGUUUUUUAAUCAAGACAUACAUGUACAUGUACUUUGCAAUUGUGAUAUGAGCAGUGGGACUUCUCAUAUAUUGAGAAAACAAUCUGCUGGUGCUCAAAUGAAUUUGCAGGGAAUUCAUAAAUAUGUAUGAUAUGUACAAUGUGAAUAUGGAUCCACAAACUCAAAAUACAUUUAAAAUCAGUGGCAACUUGAUUUAUGUAAAUAGCUGUAUGUGCACUUGGAAUUAUUGUGAAGAUACUAUAUUUAGCAUAGAAACUUUUGUACAUGCAUUUGAAAUUACCUAAUAUUUAUAAUAAGACUUAUAAUAAAUCAUUGUUAUUAUAAAUAUUAGGUAGUUUCAAAUGCAUGUAUGAAAGCUCCUUUUGUCAUAUAUGAAUAUGUCUAGUUGUGCAUUAUACAUGUAGAUGUACUUAUAUUGGUCAUACAUUUGUAUACAGUUUGAUAGAAACAGAAGUGUACAUAGAUAGAUGAGCUAUAAAGUCAGAG